UCAUAAAUAUUUUUCUAUGUGGAUAGCGUAAUAAAUGAGUUUCUACAUAUGUAUAUAAACAUUUUGUAAGAGAAAUAUGGAAGCAACAGCAGCUACGCCGUGUUUGCUAUGCCUGGAGGAGAAUCCAUUGACACUGCAUGAUUAUAUGGAUGUAUUUUCGACAAAGGCUGCCCAACUGAAUGUGGUGCAAAUUAUCAACAAACAUUUUCCGAUAGAGCUGAUACAAAGCAGCGGCGAAACUCGGAAAAUAUGCCCACCAUGCUGGAAAACGGUUUCCGCUUUCAAUACGCUACACGAUUUCGUCUGCGCUGCACAGAGCUCGCUGCGGGAAGCGAAGGUGUUGCUCAUGGAGGAUGACCCGCUGACCCAGGCGAACUUCAAGCAGGCCAAUGCCGAUGCAGCCGAUCUAAAUGCUCGCAACUUCUUCUACCCUGAGGUCAAGAUAGAGGAACAUGAGCUGGAGCAGUUGCCCAAAAUUGAGGUGCUCGAAGGUACGAGCAGUCUGCAGACGCCCUCGCCCGCUCGUCGUCUGCGAAAACGUGUCAAAGCGGAAGCAGAAACCGCAAAUGCCCAAUCAGAAUCACAAGAGGUUAAUGCAAAUGAAUCUGUAGAGACAGUUGAACCGCCGAAGAAACGUCGCGGGCGACCACGCAAAACCGAAGUCUUGCCUAAACCAAGUCCAGCUGAAACGCAACCGGAGCAAACGUUAGAAUUGCCGUCCAGUCUAAAGACAGAAGCGGAACAUCCCGAAGACUUCAGUGACGAUGAGCAGGAGUUCAUUGCCGAGUUUGUUGAUGGACUUGCCCACAGUGACGAAAGCAGCGAGGAGGAGGAGGAUGACGAUUCUGAUUUUACGAUUGGCAAGCCGGAUGACGGUGAAUUCGCCAUCAUACCGAAGCGUACUCCAGUCCGACCUAAGAAAUAUAAGAAGCGUGCCAAGCCAGCGGAGCCGCGAGUUCGCAUGUCCCGUGAACUGCUCGAUCAGCGCAAGAAACAGCAGGAGGAAUUCGAUGCGAUCAUAGCCAAGUUCUUCAGCGAUGUGCUGCCCUGCUCCAUAUGCAAUCUUCUAGUGCAUAACUUUACGGAAAUGCAGCGCCAUCAUCGACUCACACACCAAGUGGAUCCGGGUUAUAUGAUUUGCUGUGGACGCAAGUUUACGCAACGUAAAGUGCUGGCCGAACAUGUCCUGGUCCAUUGGAAUCCCGAUCACUUUAAGUGCACCACCUGCGAAAAGUCAUUCCAAAACUCAAGGCAUUUGGAGUCGCAUCAACAGGUGCACCUGUCCAAGUUGACCUUCCAGUGUGAUCUGUGCAGCAAGGCAUUCCUUAGCAAAACGGCCAUCGACUAUCAUAAGCUGAACAAACAUGUGCCCAAAUCUGAAUUCAAAUUCACCUGCAGCGAGUGCAACAAAAAAUUCCUGACUGAACGCAAGCUGAAGAAUCAUAUGAACUCCAUGCAUGAUCCGGAGAGCAUUAUCAUUUGCGACAAGUGCGGCAAACAGAUGCGCACGAAGAUCAUCCUGAAGAAGCAUCAAGAGCUGAUGCACUCAAACACCCCACGUCCAGAGCCCGAGCUGAAGCAGUGUCAAAUCUGUGGCGCCUGGCUGAAGGGCAUGACAGGUCUGAAGCAGCACAUGAAGAGCAUACAUGUGGAGAGCGCGGGCGAGCAUCGUUGCCAUGUGUGCAACAAGUUAUCACCAAAUGCCCGUGCGCUGCGUCGUCACAUCUAUCACAAUCAUGAAUGCGAGCGCAAGUUCAAGUGUACCAUGUGCGACAAGGCCUUCAAACGUCCACAGGAACUUAAGGAGCACACAUCCACCCAUACCGGCGAAGUUUUGUACACCUGUCCCAACUGUCCGAUGACCUUCUUCUGCAGCGCCAAUAUGUAUAAGCAUCGCCAGCGUUUGCAUCGAGCCCAAUACGAGGCCGAUAAGAAUCAGCCCAAGCCUCCAAACAUAUUGCAGCAAGCAGUGGGCGCCACGGCCGCCAUGAAGAUUAAGUUGAUGCAGAAUACAAAUGUGGCCAGCAUAGAAACGGACUUGAAGCAUUUCUAGAUCAAUAUAUAAGUUACCUUAAGGCCCCUAGAUUAAAUAGUUUUAGUUUAUCGUCUAGUUGUGUAAAGUUCAAACAAGAAUAUAGAAUAUAUAUACAUAAAUAUAUAUUAUAUAGUAUAGUCGAUGUCGACGCACUUUCGUAUAU